AUGACUUCGUGUUUCCUCAUGUCUCGCCUAGCAAUGUUGCUCUGGCCUUUGGUGUAUGGGUCUCCGUCUGAAGCAUUUGACUGCAUAAGGUGUUGGCAUGAGAUGCUGCACGGGUGGCAGGCCGGCAAUCAAUACGUUUCUCCAGGGAAUAUUUAUAAAGGCAAUAUGGGAGCGUCCCUAUCUCGGUGGGAGGCGUCCGACUUUCUAGACGACCCCUUCGGUCGCCCGAACCGACGAGGAGGCAACAAGAGCGGCAUUAGCUCCAUUCUGUUGUGCGAUCAGCAUACAUAG